AGUUUUGUUUUAGGUACAAUAGAAAGAUGUCAACUUUAACUGUUUUCCUGGUAUGUGGUAUUGUCUCGACUGUGCAAGGUUAUUACUUGACCAGAGAAUGCCCUAAGGGAUGGGUGUCGUAUCGUAGACACUGCUACCUGUUUUCUGAAGAAAAAAUGAAUUUCAAGCAUGCAGGCAAUGAUAUACUGUGCUGAGGCAGCAAAAAACGGCCGACUUGUUCAGGUACACGAUGCGAAGGAAGAACAUUGGAUCGAACUGCAGUUAAAGCUAAGAGGAAUGAAAAGUGUAUGGAUGGGCGUUUCGGACAUCCUGAAAGAAAAUAAGUUUCUCAAGCUCUCCGACGCCGAAAGAAUUCGAUUCAGAAAUUGGAAUUCACAUGAACCAAAUAAUGCCCGAGGAGAGGAGCAUUGUACAGAAUGGCGGCCGAAUGGUAAAUGGAAUGACCAGUCAUGUGAUGAUAAGAACAAUUUUGUUUGUGAGCGACCUUGA